AUGGAUAUUAAACUUGUAAAGAAUAUUCGACGUAGACGUAGUGAUUGUGCCUGGAGAAAGAACAGCACGAGUUCUUUAAAAGAAAGCGACGUGAAUGAAUUGGUAGAAUAUCCUUCGGGACCCAUUCAUAUUGUAUGUUCAUGGAAUCCAGUCAACAGAAGCGAUAAACCACCUUAUUCGUACGCAACUAUUAUCGGACAUGCCAUUCUCACCAGCAAAGAAAGAAAACUCACACUCAAUGAUAUCUAUGUUUGGAUAACUGAGAACUACCCCUUUUAUUCCAACGACACGCAAGGCUGGCAGAACUCUAUAAGACACAAUUUGUCGCUUCACAAAGCGUUUGUAAAGAUUGAUCGCGACUCAACGGGUCAGAAUCCACCUCGGAAAGGCUGUUUCUGGACAAUCCGAAGUGGAAAAGAAAAGUCAUUUAUUGAUAACCUACAAAAACCCGUC